AUGUCUCUCUCUUCCCACCACCACCUUCCUCCCCAUUGCCUUCCUUCCCUUGCCUUGUCUUCUACCCAUGGCUUCUCUCGAUCGCUGUCUUCUCCUCCUCGUCCUCCUCUUCUUCGGCCUCAUCGUCUCCACCUCCUCGGCCUACAGCGGGCGCAUGGUCGGGGCCCGGACGGAGGUGCAGGACGUGGAGACCAACAAGGAGGUGCAGGACCUCGGCCUCUUCUCCGUCGACGAGUACAACCGCCGCCUCGCCCUCCGCGGCGCCGGCCUCCUCACCUUCUCCCGCGUGGCGGCCGCGCAGCGGCAGGUGGUGUCCGGGAUCAAGUACUACCUCCAGGUGGUGGCCGCCGUGGAAGGUACCGGCGAGGAGGGACAGCAGCACCGAACCUUCGACGCCGUGGUCAUCGUCAAGCCCUGGCUCAGCUCCCGGUCGCUCGUCUCCUUCGCCCCCCGUCGCCCGGCCCUCAACAGCCAAGAUAACGGCGGCGACGCCCACCUUAAUGUCCGAUAGAGAACCCACCCACAUGAAGAAGUAGCGUCAAAUAAGAACUGUGUGUCUUCUUUCGCUAUUCCUAUAGAAGAAGAUGAAGAGUGUGUUUAGAAUAACGAUGGCUUGUUGAAGCCAAUCUUGAAAUCGGCAAUCCUUUUUGGUUUUCUUUUUCCCUUCUUUUUUCCUCUCUCGUAGCCAAUCUUCGUUGGAGACUUGAUAAUAAAAUGUCGAGUUAUUUCCUUUG